CACGGCGCAGGCCUCUUGUCUGGUGGAUGAGCCGAGGCACUUGGGGCAGUACAAAUACCCCGAGCAGCUUCCAGGGCAGCUCUACGACGCCGACACGCAGUGCAAGUGGCAGUUCGGCGCCAAGGCCCGGCUCUGCAACCUGGACUUCGUUAAGGACAUCUGCAAGUCACUGUGGUGCCAUCGGACAGGACACAGGUGUGAGACCAAGUUCAUGCCGGCGGCAGAGGGGACUAUCUGUGGACCUGAAAUGUGGUGCCGGCGAGGACAGUGUGUGAAGUACGGCGAUCACGGCCCCAAGGCGGUCCACGGCCAGUGGUCGGGCUGGUCGGAGUGGUCCGACUGUUCCAGGACCUGCGGAGGUGGAGUGAUGCACCGUGAGCGCUCCUGUAACAGCCCCAG